AUGAAGCGCAUAGCAUCAAAAAAAAGAAACAAAAGGAGGCGUAGGAUCAGUGAUUUGCCGGAGCCAUUACUUGUUCAUAUUCUUUCUUUUCUUCCCAUCAAAGAAGCCGUUGCCACAAGCCUCUUGUCCAAGAGGUGGAGAACACUUUGGCGCUCCCUUCCCAAGCUUGAAUUUGAUGACAGAAACUUUGGUAGUCUUGAAUUCUUCGUUCAGUUUGUAGAUGCAGCCCUCCACUUAGCCCAUUUCAAUUCUGUUCAAAUGUUUAUUCUCAAGUGUAGGCAUUUCCGUCUGCCCCCUGUUAAGGCUAACAUUUGGGUCAACACAAUGAUUAGUCACAAUUUAACGCAUCUAGAGCUAAAUGCGUUACGGCCUGUUAAGUUGCCCUCUAGCAUUUUCAUCUGCAAUACCUUGCGUGUUUUGAAGUUGACUGGGGUGGGCGCGACUAAUCUUUCUAGGGUUAAUUUGCCUUUACUUGAGGUCUUGCAUUUGAGGAUGACUAAAUUUUCAAAUUUUGAAGCUGUGAGAAGGCUUCUUUCUAGUUGUGUUCGCCUUGAAGAAUUGGUGGUAACUGAUCUGGUUAUACAUUCAAGGCACAACAAUGCUAGUAAUGAGCAUUCAAGGCACGACAUUGCAAGGUUUGAACAUUUGUUGUCGGUAGAUGUUGAUGUUCCAAACAAAAUAUUCCCAAUAAAAGCUUUUUCCAAUGUUCAAUUUCUCACCUUACGUAAGGCUGUUGAUACCUUUGGGUAUCUUUUCGAUGAUUGUCCAACAUUUCCCAGUGUAAUCCGUCUACAAAUCGAGAAAUCUGGAUGUAUCGACUGCAGUGUACUGAGCAUGCUCCGAGGCUUUCCCAAGCUUCAAGGUCUUAUAAUUCAUGAGGUUGAUAAUGACUGGGAUGAUGACGACGACUCGGAUUUGAUGGAGUUGUCGACGCCUGAUGUUCAUGUUCCUCCAUGUGUUUCAUCUCAGUUGAAGGAGUUCGCUCUUUUUGGCUUCGAAGGCUCCAAAAUUGAAUUUGAAAUUGUGAGAUACGUAAUGGAGAAGGCGACAGUUUUGAGGACUGUUAUUGUUGGGAGCGAUGGCACAUGUGAAAGUAAAGAGGAAGACUUUCAAAUGCUCAAGGAAUUAUCGUCCUAUCCCAGAUGCUCUGCAAGCUGCAGACUUAUUUAUGAUGCUUUUGGGGAAAAUAUUGAGGAGGUGAUGAGAAAAUUUAGCACAAUUGGGAAGUUAACAGCUGCUUCAUUUUGA